CCAGCGCCCGCCGUCGCCCGCCGGGUUCGCGCGGGAGAGCGGGGAGGAGAAACUUUGCCUCUUAUUGUUGUUUUUACUCCUUAAGUGUAAGGAACUCUGUUGGGAGGAAGAAUGUCCUUCUUCAAUUUCCGUAAGAUCUUCAAGUUGGGGAGCGAGAAGAAGAAGAAGCAGUACGAACAUGUGAAGAGGGACCUAAACCCCGAGGAGUUUUGGGAAAUUAUAGGAGAAUUGGGCGACGGAGCCUUUGGGAAAGUGUACAAGGCCCAGAAUAAAGAGACCAAUGUUUUAGCUGCUGCAAAGGUGAUUGACACCAAAUCUGAAGAAGAACUUGAAGAUUACAUGGUUGAAAUUGAUAUAUUAGCAUCUUGUGAUCACCCUAAUAUAGUCAAGCUUCUAGAUGCCUUCUAUUAUGAGAACAAUCUUUGGAUCCUCAUUGAAUUUUGUGCAGGUGGAGCAGUGGAUGCUGUGAUGCUUGAGCUUGAGAGACCAUUAACUGAGUCCCAAAUACAAGUAGUUUGUAAGCAGACUUUAGAGGCAUUGAACUACUUACAUGAUAAUAAAAUCAUCCACAGAGAUCUAAAGGCUGGAAAUAUUCUUUUUACCUUAGAUGGAGAUAUUAAGUUGGCGGAUUUUGGAGUAUCAGCUAAAAACACAAGGACAAUUCAAAGGAGAGAUUCCUUUAUCGGCACACCCUAUUGGAUGGCUCCUGAGGUAGUCAUGUGUGAAACAUCUAAGGACAGACCCUAUGACUACAAAGCUGAUGUUUGGUCCCUGGGUAUCACUUUAAUAGAAAUGGCUGAGAUAGAACCACCUCAUCAUGAAUUAAAUCCAAUGCGAGUGCUGCUAAAAAUAGCAAAAUCUGAGCCCCCUACAUUAGCACAGCCAUCAAAAUGGUCUUCAAAUUUUAAGGACUUUCUAAAGAAGUGCUUGGAAAAGAAUGUGGAUUCCAGGUGGACUACAUCUCAGCUACUGCAGCAUCCCUUUGUGACUGUUGAUUCCAACAAACCAAUUCGAGAAUUGAUUGCAGAGGCAAAGGCUGAAGUAACAGAAGAAGUUGAAGAUGGCAAAGAGGAGGAUGAUGAUGAGGAAACAGAAAAUUCUCUGCCAAUACCUGCAAGUAAGCGUGCCUCCUCUGACCUUAGUAUUGCCAGCUCUGAAGAAGAUAAGCUUUCACAAAAUGCUUGUAUUUUGGAAUCUGUCUCAGAAAGAACAGAACGUAAUACUUCUGAAGAUAAAUUUAAUGGUAAAAUUCUUACUGAAAAACCUGCCACCGAUGAACCUGAAAAUACUGUAGUAGGCAUUAAUGAACAUGUUAAUGAUACUCAUUUAGAAGCUAUGGCUGAGCUUCAUAAUACAGCAACAGUAAUCGAGGAAAAUGGGAGAGAGGAGAAGAGACCCAAGCUUGAAAAUCUACCUGACACAGAAGACCAUGAAACAGUGGACAUUAAUUCAGUCAAUGAAGGAAAAGAAAAUAACAUAAUGAUAACUUCAGAAACAAAUAUUGAGCAGAAUCUGAAACCUGAGGAAGAAGGGGAUCAAGAAAAGCAACAGAUACUUGAAAAUAAGUUUAUAAAAUCUGAAGAAAUUGAAGACACUACUAUUCAGACAAUGGAUUUAGUUUCUCAAGAGACUGGAGAAAAAGAGGCAGAUAUUCAGGCAAUUGAAAGUGAAGUUGAGUUUACAAAGGAAGACACCCUCGAGAAAUUGGGAAGAGAUGACAAAACUGAAAACGAUAUGAUCAGUGACACAAGCAAAGUGAUAGGAACAAAUGAGGCAGAAGACGUUGCUCAGAAGGCAACUGAAAACAGUGCUGAGGAUGCUCAGAGUAAUGAUGGGAAAGAAGUGGGUGAAGUAGGCCAGAUAUUAGUGGUCAAGUCCACAGAGGGUCCUGAGGCUGGUGGUACUGAAGAAGUUUCUAUUAAAGAAAUAGUUGAAACUAAUGAGAUAGAUCAAAAAUCUGUAGAAGGUAAAGGUGAGGAACAGUUAAUCAGCAGUUCAGAGAACAUAGUGGAGACCAAUGAGGAGCUCGGGACAAAUGAAGUUGAGAUUACUGAAUCAAGUAGCACUGAAGGAAUGGAGGUCAGAAGUGCGGUGACUGAUAGUGACCAAAGGGCUUUAGGAAGUGAAACUCGGGAUGCUCAUGAAGCCACUGCUCAGAUGGACACAGAGCAGAAAGAUACCCCGUGCGAAGUGCCAAUUAAGGCAGAACCUCAGGUUCCUGCCACUUCACAGCCCAGUGAACCUCAGCCUCUUCUAAUACCCAGUAUUAAUAUCAACCCUGAAGAUGCAGAAGAUAAAGGAGAAAUAGGUGCUUUAUCAAAAACUGAAACCAUGUUACCAGAAUCUGAGAAUCAAAAGGAAAAUGAUACUGAUUCAGGCACUGGUUCCACUGCUGAUAAUAGCAGCAUUGACUUGAAUUUAUCCAUUUCUAGCUUCCUAAGCAAAACUAAAGACAAUGGAUCAAUAUCUUUACAAGAAACAAGAAGACAAAGGAAAACGUUGAAGAAAACACGCAAAUUUAUUGUUGAUGGUGUCGAAGUGAGUGUAACAACAUCAAAGAUAGUUACAGAUAGUGAUUCCAAAACUGAAGAAUUGAGGUUUCUUAGACGUCAGGAACUUCGGGAAUUAAGAUUUCUUCAAAAAGAAGAGCAAAGAGCCCAACAGCAGCUCAAUGGCAAACUGCAACAACAGCGAGAGCAAAUUUUCCGGCGUUUUGAGCAGGAGAUGGUGAGCAAGAAACGACAAUAUGACCAAGAGAUUGAGAAUCUAGAAAAACAGCAGAAACAGACUAUUGAACGUCUAGAACAAGAACACACAAAUCGCUUACGAGAUGAAGCCAAACGCAUUAAAGGUGAACAAGAGAAAGAGUUGUCCAAAUUUCAGAAUAUGUUAAAGAACCGAAAGAAAGAGGUUAUAAAUGAAGUGGAGAAAGCACCCAAAGAGCUGAGAAAAGAGCUCAUGAAACGCAGGAAAGAGGAGCUUGCACAAAGCCAGCAUGCUCAGGAACAAGAGUUUGUUCAGAAGCAACAACAAGAAUUAGACGGCUCUCUGAAAAAGAUCAUCCAACAGCAGAAGGCAGAGUUAGCCAAUAUUGAAAGAGAGUGCCUGAAUAACAAACAGCAGCUCAUGAGAGCUAGAGAAGCUGCGAUUUGGGAGCUUGAAGAACGACACUUACAAGAAAAACACCAGCUGCUCAAACAGCAACUUAAAGAUCAGUAUUUUAUGCAAAGACAUCAGCUACUUAAGCGCCAUGAGAAGGAAACAGAACAAAUGCAGAGUUACAAUCAACGACUUAUUGAGGAGUUGAAAAACAGACAGGCUCAAGAAAGAGCAAGACUGCCUAAGAUUCAGCGCAGUGAAGCCAAGACUCGCAUGGCCAUGUUUAAGAAGAGUUUGAGAAUUAACCCAACAGCAACGCCAGAUCAGGAUCGUGAAAAAAUUAAACAAUUUGCCUCUCAAGAAGAAAAGAGGCAGAAAAAUGAGAGAAUGGCUCAGCAUCAAAAACAUGAAAAUCAAAUGCGGGAUCUUCAGUUGCAGUGUGAAGCCAAUGUCCGAGAACUGCAUCAGCUGCAGAAUGAAAAAUGCCACCUCUUGGUUGAGCAUGAGACUCAGAAACUAAAGGAGUUAGAUGAGGAACACAGCCAAGAAUUAAAGGAAUGGAGAGAGAAAUUGAGACCUAGGAAAAAGACACUGGAAGAGGAGUUUGCUAGGAAACUACAGGAACAGGAAGUGUUCUUUAAAAUGACCGGGGAGUCUGAAUGCCUUAACCCAUCAACACAGAGCCGGAUUUCCAAAUUCUAUCCUAUUCCUAGCUUGCAUUCCACUGGAUCGUAACAAUGGGAAGCAUUCUGUGGUUGGGUUUGUCUUCUUAAGUAUGUCAUUCUGUUCUCUUUAUCUUCUGCCAUAGUCUGUAUCAGAGAGCUCACGAAGACAAUCACCUGCCUCACCUUCUAGAUGUUUUUUUGUUUGUUUUAUUUGUUUAGCAAAGAUAAAGGGAAAGGCACUAAGACAGAUGCUGGGCCAUGCUGGCAAAGUAGCAUCUUGCAGUAAUUCCCUAAGGUGAUUUUUGUAUAUAAUCUUAAAAAUUGUGUUGUUUAGAUACUGUUACCUGAAAAACUGGUAGAGAGAUAAUGUUUAAAGUUAUUUAAAAAAACCCUGUUACGUCACUUAAGUAUUACUAAAUAUCUUUUUUCCUGACUUAACUUCUCAGUGAUGCCUAAAAUCUAUAGUUGAAACUGCUGUAGAGAGUUGGAAUAAUUUUUUGGUGAAUCACCUCUCAUGAAAAAAGUAUGAGUUGCUCAAAGUAUGAUAUUGAUUCAGUAAAUAAAUCUGUUAUCUUUAAAUGUUAGCAUCAAACUCUUUUAAAAGAGAAAAAUUAUUUCAAUAAUUUGUCUAAAAUACUUACCUGUUUAGACAUGAGCUAAUAAUUAAGGGUGCUAGUUUUAUUAAAAUAGUGCCUAAACACUAAAUUUCAGUUGAGUCUAAAAUUGCAUUUCCUUUUUUGAUUCAACAGGGACAAAACACCCUUAGCAUUAAGCAUUAUUGUUUUUUAAAUCUUGCUCCUAUUACCAGUCGAUAGAAAUUUUCAUCCUAAAGUAUAUGUUGUACAAAGUUGGAAAGAUGAAAAAAAUAAACGGUAGCUUUUAGAUGUCCAAAUUGGAAAUGUAAAACUCACCAAAUUAAAAAAAAUACAGAUAUAGCUAUCUCAGCUUAUUUCCUAAAAUAAUACAUGAGCUGGUUAAAUGAAUUCUCCCAUCUUAGCAAAUUCUGUUUAAAACUGUUGGAGGCUGGCAGGCUCUGAGUUAUAUUUAUGAAUAUAUUUUUAUGAAAUUAAUCUUAAAAGAGGCAUUUGUUCAGAAUAGUUUUUAAGAAUUUAAAACAUUUAGGCAAAUAUCAGAGAUGACUUUUUGUUGUUUUGAGAUCGAGUCAUUUAUAUUUUGGUUUUGUUUUGUUCCAUGUUUAAAUUAUUUACUUUGAUUUGAGUGGGAAAAGCCUGAAACCUUUAUCAUGAGGUUGCUGAUACAUGUAAUUAUUAAUGAAAUGCUCACUCUAGUCCCUUUUGAGGGUUAGAAUUUCAAGCAUGUGUCAGGUCGAAACAGUAUUAUAAACCAUAUUUCGGGGUGUGAGACAGUACAUCUGUAGACGAAGCUUGCUGCCUGCCAUGUGCGCCUGUUCUGUCAUGAGUGCCAGGUACCAAAUUGUAGAAAUUUCAGUUUUUAGUUAUAUUACACUUGAGGCUCGUGAAAAAUGCAAAUGAAACUUUGUGGGAACACUGAUUCAUGUUAAGAAAAUGUAAAUAUCUGUAGCACUUUCUUGCAGUUAAUUUGAAAACUUUGAAUGCUGAACCUUAUUUUAUUUUUUCAGUGGUUUAGAUGAUUUAAAAAUGCAUGUGAUUUUAAUUUUGUAAUUGUUUUGACAAGCAUAAUUUACUUGGACAACUUUGUAGGUAGCCUUAACUUCUGGCCAAGUUUGUUUUUUAUAUGAAUAUAUAUACAUAUAUAUAUAUUAUGUAUGGUUGUAAAUUCAUACACUUAUCACAUGAAUGUGUUACUGUAUACAAAACUCUUAAUGCUUUACUCUCAAAUGCUGGGUUGAAAAAUGUUUUGAAAGCCUUUUAAAAUAUAUAUCUUUAUAAAGUAAUGUUCAGGGUGAUGAUGGAAAUUGUUUAUAUUGUUAUGAUAGAAAUGACAGUAUAAUGUUA